GCAGCCGCCAAAAUGAAGUUCAAUCCCUUUGUGACUUCUGACCGGAGCAAGAACCGCAAACGGCAUUUCAAUGCACCUUCUCACAUUCGGAGGAAGAUCAUGUCUUCCCCCCUUUCCAAAGAGCUGAGACAGAAGUACAAUGUUCGCUCGAUGCCCAUUCGAAAGGAUGACGAGGUUCAGGUUGUCCGGGGACACUACAAAGGCCAGCAGAUUGGCAAAGUGGUCCAAGUGUACAGGAAGAAAUACGUCAUCUACAUUGAACGGGUGCAGCGAGAAAAGGCUAAUGGAACUGAAUUCUGCACAAGAGUUAGUCAUUAA